GAAUGAAAGCAAUAGCUUAUCGUUUUGGUCCAAGUCGCUCGUGGAAUAAAGGAUACAAGCCAGUUUACUUCCCUCAUCAAAAGGAAACCAAAACAACCAUGGAUAGAUUGGACUUGAAGCACUUGUUUCAUAAUCUAUUUGUGUUAUUCAUCAUUGUUUGCUUUUCUUCCUCUGUCCAUGGAAGUAGUGAAGCAGUUGGAUAUGGCUACAAGCUCAAAUCUGUUUCCGUCGAUGCAAAUGGAAAAUGGUUGACCGCUGAUCUUGGUCUUAUCCGCAACUCCUCUGUUUAUGGACCUGACAUUCAAAAUCUGAGUCUUUUUGCCAGCUUUGAGACAAGCAAUCGUUUGAGAAUCAAAGUUACAGAUUCAGGCCAUGAAAGAUGGGAAAUCGGACAGGAAAUCAUUCCCCGUCAAUCUCAAUUCCCACACCGGUCAUUGCCAGAAAACCAUCGGAGCUCAUCCGCAAAGUACCAAGGCCAAACACCGAAGCAGCAGAAGGAAAACUACUACGUGUCGGACCCAACAUCGGACCUCAUCUUCACCCUCCAUAACACCACGCCAUUCGGGUUCUCCGUGAGGCGCCGCUCCUCAGGCGACAUUCUUUUCGACACAUCGCCGGAUGCUUCCGAUUCGGGCACUUUCCUGGUGUUCAAGGACCAAUAUAUUCAACUCUCCUCCUCCCUGCCACAAGGCAGGUCUUCACUUUAUGGACUGGGAGAGCACACCAAGAGAUCCUUCAAGUUGCAACAUAAUGACACUUUGACUUUGUGGAAUGCGGAUUUGGCAAGUGCUAAUCUGGAUGUUAAUCUUUAUGGAUCACAUCCCUUUUACCUUGACAUCAGAUCAGCAUCCGCAGAUGGCAAAGUAUCAGCAGGAACUACCCAUGGAGUUCUGUUGCUUAACAGCAAUGGGAUGGACAUUGUUUAUGGUGGAAACAGGAUAACUUACAAGAUUAUUGGAGGUGUCAUAGAUUUGUAUGUUUUUGCCGGGCCACUGCCGGACAGAGUCAUGGAGCAGUACACCCAGCUUAUUGGCCGCCCUGCUGCUAUGCCUUAUUGGUCCUUUGGAUUCCACCAGUGCCGAUAUGGGUACAAAAAUGUUUCUGAUAUCAAGGGUGUGGUUGCGGGCUAUGCAAAAGCUAGGAUUCCUCUUGAAGUUAUGUGGACGGAUAUCGAUUACAUGGAUGGAUUCAAGGAUUUCACUCUUGACCCUGUCAACUUUCCCAAGGACCAGAUGAAAACAUUUGUUGAUAAGCUUCAUCAGAAUGACCAGAAAUACGUGGUCAUCAUAGAUCCUGGAAUCAGUGUAAACAGUACAUAUGGAACCUACAUCAGGGGGAUGCAAGCUGAUAUAUUCAUAAAACGAGAUGGCGUCCCUUACUUGGGACAAGUUUGGCCUGGUCCAGUCUACUUCCCAGAUUUUGUAAAUCCGCGCACUGAAACAUAUUGGGCUGGUGAGAUCAAAACGUUUCGAGAUUUUCUCCCUGUUGAUGGUCUUUGGCUCGAUAUGAACGAGAUAUCCAAUUUCAUAACCUCCCCUCCAACCCCAAAUUCUGCCCUGGAUGAUCCUGCAUACAAGAUUAAUAACCAGGGAAUCCAGCGGCCUAUCAACAACAAAACGGUUCCUGCCGCAUCUCUACAUUUUGGUAACCUGACAGAGUACAAUGCCCAUAACCUGUAUGGUUUACUAGAAUGCAAAGCUACUCACGCAGCAUUGAUUAAUGUGACCGGAAAAAGGCCAUUUAUACUUAGCAGAUCAACUUUUGUAAGCUCGGGAAAGUAUGCAGCCCACUGGACGGGAGACAAUGUAGCCACUUGGGAGGAUUUGGCAUACACAAUCCCAUCAAUUUUGAAUUUCGGACUCUUUGGGAUUCCAAUGGUAGGAGCUGAUAUUUGUGGCUUUUCCGGGGAUACGACUGAAGAUCUGUGCCAACGAUGGAUUCAGCUUGGGGCCUUUUACCCUUUUGCUAGAGAUCACUCUGACUUUUAUACGAUUCGUCAAGAGCUCUAUCUCUGGGAUUCAGUUGCUGCAUCAGCUAGGAAGGUGCUCGGCCUCCGCUAUCGCCUGCUCCCAUACUUUUACACUCUAAUGUACGAGGCACACCAGAAAGGAACUCCCAUUGCAAGGCCCCUUUUCUUCACAUUCCCCCAGGAUAUUCACACUUACGAAAUCAAUUCGCAAUUUCUCCUCGGAAAGGGUAUAAUGGUGUCACCUGUACUGAAGUCAAAAGCAGUCUCUGUUGAUGCUUACUUCCCAUCCGGAAAUUGGUUUGACCUCUUCAAUUACUCCAACUCAGUGAGUGCAAACUCUGGAAAAUACUUCACCCUUGCUGCGCCACGAGAUCAUAUAAACGUGCAUGUUCGAGAAGGUAACAUUAUAGCCAUGCAGGGAGAGGCCAGGACAACCAAAGCUGCUCGUAUGACACCAUUCCAACUCUUGGUGGCUGUCAGCAGCACCGAAACCAUGACUGGACAAGUUUUCUUGGAUGACGGGGAGGAAGUGGAGAUGGGAGUAGAGGGGGGCAAGUGGAGUUUGGUGAGAUUUUAUGGAGGAAUUUCAUCUUCCGGCGAUGAAGUGUUUGUCAGAUCAGAGGUUGAGAAUGGAGCAUUUGCUUUGAGUCAAAAGUGGAUGAUAGAGAGAGUGACAUUCAUAGGGUUGGAAAAUGUUGAGAGGUUGAAAGGGUAUGAAUUAAGCAGUGGCAACAACAAAACAAACUUGCAUGCAAAUCCACUUGUGAAGGCAAGAUUAGACAAGAAUGCAAUAUUCCAAAUUGUGGAGGUCUCAGGACUGAGGCAACCGGUCGGACAGGAGUUCAAUUUGCAACUCAAAACUCAGAAAAAAUAGGUUUGGAGAAGAGCAAUAUCACUCACUGCAGAGUGCAGGGUCAUUAUAUAUUCCCCCAAAAUAUAAUAACAAUAAAAUGAUGAUCCUCAAGUUGAAAAGGGAAUCAAUCCCUAUUGCAAUCCAAGUUUGAUCAGGGUAAAUUAGAUUAAGGCGUCAUUUUCUUUUUCCCUUUGGUAAGGAAUAAACCAUCUUGUAAGGCCACACAGCUGAACUCAAAGCUGGAGCCCGAUCCUGUAUGAUUUCGGCUAGUUGGGCAAAGAACCACCUGAGUGCAUCCUGCUUGCAUGACUUGAAUAAUGGAUAAUCUAUUCACCGGGGAAA